CCUAACCUAAUUUAAAUUUCUAUGAUUUAAUUGUAAUAGAUAAAUGUUUAUUUUUCCAGUAUAAGUUAGUCAUAAUUAGAAUAAUGGAUAAUUUAGAACAACUUUAUGGUCAGUCAGUUAAAAUAGACGUAACUGAAUGUGGCAACUGUAUAUCCUACAGUUCGUCUCAAGAACUUACAUGUUUUAUUUCCGACAAAAACUAUGUAUGUAUAUACGAACAUGCUAACUUGGAUAGACCUAUAGCAAAGAAAAUUGAAGGCAAAGAGUUAAAACAAAUCCACUAUUUGGCUGUGUACGAUGUAAUUUUUCUUGCUACAGAUUACGAAUUCAUUUUGUGUGAUCGUUAUACCUUUCAAUGCAAUGUAUCUUAUCUGUCAGAGAAAAGAAUAGUUGCUCUUGCUUGGAAUCCAUCUGAAACGGCAGUGGUGAUUAUCGACGAAGUGGAUAAGAUAAUUUUAUGUAAUUUUUCAACUCCGAAAUUUGAAAUACAGAACAGUAAUUAUUUAAGUGCUGAAGUCCCAGGUUCGGUAUAUGUUGGAUGGGGUUCAGAAAACACUCAAUUUCAAGGACUGACGGGUAGACAGCAUAAAGGAAAAGAAAAAGUUUCAGUUCCGAUAAUCCAUUGGGAAUACAGUCCGCCAAAUAUUUCAUGGAGAGGAAAUGGACUGGAAUUUGCAAUAAAUUUUUAUAAGAAUGGACAAAGGUUCAUUAAAGUCUUUAGUAAUCAAUUACAACCUUUGAAUGUAUCUUCGGAGUACCCUAAUUUGACAGAACCAAUAGCUUUUAUGGUAGCUGGCCAAUGCAUAGCCUGUGCUUGUGUUGCAGAUGUAAAUAGUAUCGUUAUAUUUGAAAAAAAUUGUAAAGUGAAAUCAACAUUCGAAGUGCCAGAAAAUAAGGGAACAAUCCAAAAGAUACAGUACCAUCCACAAAUGAAUAUGCUUGCUGUAUACAGCUUAGAUGAUAAAGAAAGCGGGUAUAUUAAUAUUUACUUAAAUGGGAAUGGUAUUUGGCAUUUAAAGCAACAAUUAUACUUUCCACCAAACCGGAGAGUUCAAGAUUUUAAAUGGAUAAACUUGCAUGAACCGCUGUAUACAAUUUGUCGUAUGGUCAUAUUUAUCAACCGAUCAGUGGAAUAUUAUACUUUCCGCUUUAUAAUAAACAGAUGUCCAUCAACUUCUGUAUUAGCUGUUGUUAAUGGCAGAAGUAUCUCUAUUUAUAAUUUUGCAGAGAAAAUCAUACCGCCUCCCAUGUCAAAUUCUACGUUAACACAUUCAAGACCUAUUAACAGGAUUUUAUUUCAUCCAAAAAAGUUACUACUAGUUGCAUUAAAUUCUCUUUUACAGGUUUUAAUUGUUAAUCUGGAAAAUUUUAAUUCAAAAGUAUUAAUUUGGGAAGAUAUAAACUUUAUAAAUGCACCGUCACUUUAUAACAUUAUCUGGAAUGAAAACAAAAUACAAAUCAAUUGUGGCGAUUGCGAUGAUGAAAUACAUGAGGCUAAGGAAGACAGUAAAUUAAUUUUUGAAAUAAAUACUAUAAAGAAAGCUGCUUCUAAAUUUGUUUUGCCAUAUAAUGACACAAAUUGUCUAACGUCACAUCAAAGUGUAGAUGCUGAAACCAUUACAUUAACCUAUCUAACUAAAAAGGAAAUACAAAUAAAAAAUUCCAAAAUUGAAUUGGACUUUGCAUUAAGUUGUAAUCGAGAAUUAUGUUUAAACGGCAAUAUAAUAUGUAAUGGUGUUACAUCAUUUUUCAUUUUUCAAGAUUAUUUAUUGUUGACUACUGCCAGUUGCAAGUUGUACUGUAUUCGUUUAUUACAAGAUGCUGACAAAUUGUUGCAUUCUAGUUUUAAACUGGAAAAAACUUAUUCAAGAGAAAUUGAACAAGGUGCAAGAAUUGUCACUAUUAGUAAGUGUUAUCCACCACUGAUAACUAUGGUUUUACCUCGAGGCAAUCUGGAAACUAUUAGGUGUCGUUUAUUAACAAUAGACAUUGUAGAAAAGUUAUUGAGCGAAAACAAAUGGAAGACUGCAGUGAAUAUAACAAGGAUCGAAAGAAUGAACUGGAACCUGCUUAUUGAUUUAAAUCCGGUACGCUUUUCAGACCACAUAAAAGAUUUUGUCAAAGCAGCAGAAUUUUGUACAAAUCUAAGUACAAUCGUUAAUGAUUUUACUAAUAAAAAUACUUAUUUAAAUUGUUUGCCAAAUUCCACAAAUCAGGUAUGUGAUAAAACGGAGAUUGUAAGAAAAAUAAUAAGUUAUUUAAUAUCUACUGACCCAAUAAACAAUUUGUUAAGUAUAAUAUCUAUCCAACAAAAACAUUUUUCUUUGAAAUCAGCACUAAAUUAUAUAAAGGUUGUAUUUGAACUGAACCCACAUUCUAAUGAUUCCAUUUGUAAGAAAUCAUUGCAACUUUUAAGUAAUAAAGGACAUUUUAAAGACAUUUUAGAUGCAGCAUAUAGUCUUUAUAGUUUAGAUUUUUUAACGUUUGUGUAUCAUAAUAGCACUGAAGAUCCAAGAGUGUAUGAGCCUGAAAUAGCUGCCUUUAGAAAGUUAAAGCCAGUCCAGUUGCGUUUCAAAAUGAAUUUAAGAGCAAAUAAUAUAAAGGAAGCCGUUAAAUACCUUCUGCGAUGUGAUAACUACGAUUUGACUUAUGUUGAAACUUUCAUUUUGAAACACAAAUUAGAAGAUGUGGCUUAUAAAUGCCUACCACCUUUUUGUAAACAUUUUGAUACUGUUUCCACUUUAUAUGCCAAGCGUUUGUCACUGAAACAGAAACAUGAUGAAGCAGCCUUUGUUUUAAAACGGGCCAAUUUAAUUACACACGCUCUGGAAGAGUAUAAAGCAGCAUUAGAUUGGAGAGAGGUUGUGAGUAUUAUGAAAGCUCUUAAUUAUAAUCAAGAUGACCAAAGAAAAAUAUUAUAUGAUCUAUCUAGUAAGUUGUCUGCAGUUGGAAGAGUCGAUGAUGCCGUCUUACUGUUAAAUAAUUAUAACGAUGAUCAUAAAAAAGCGACACAGUUGCUUAUUGAACAUAAAGCUUUUAAAAAGGCAAUUUAUUUGGCAAAGGAAUACAAUGCGGUGGAAAUAUUAGAGGAGCUGGUUAUCCCUGCUUUGAAAUCGUAUAUGUUAGAUCUGAAAGAUAAAAUUGACGAGUUUGAAGUAACCUUCAUAAAAUAUUUUCACCGCUUGCAAUUACUGCGUGAAGAGAAAAUAAUUAAAUUAGAAAAUUCUAUGCACGAUGUCUACGAUAGGGGUGAAGAUGAUUUAUAUUCUGAAACAGGCAGCACAGUAUCUUCCUACGGAUCGUCUCGUGCCACAUCAAGGUCUAGGUCGUCACAAUUUUCUUCAAAGAACAGAAGAAAAGAGGAAAGGAAAAAAAUUGAUUUACGUGAAGGUGGAUAUUAUGAAGAUAUUGCUCUCAUAAGGGCACUAUAUAUUUUGUACAACAACGUAUUUUCUUUGGGAAAAGAUGUGAGAGAAGUUUGUACCAUUUUAGAACAUGGUGAUUUACAACUAGCAAAGAGUUUACACGUAAGUUUGAGCUGUUUACAAGAUCUGAUGAAGAAACAUAUUCCUUUGAUUUGGCCCGAUGUAUUUAUUAAUGUGCCACAAGUUUUGGACAAUACAGCUCUAGCUAUUAUUGAAAAUAAGGCAUAUUUAGAUCCUGCUUACUGCAUUCCACCAGAUGUUUUGUUUGAGGAAUGGAAACUAGAAAUUUUUUCUUAGUCUAAAAUUUUUGCAUGGUGCUGCUAAACCGCAAUUGCUUUCUUAAUUGUCAUUUAUAUUUGCAACUCCAAGAAAAUAUAAAUCAAUUUUAUAAUUAAAAAAAUAAUAAUUGAAUUCAUAAUUUCUGUAUGUAAUUAAUUGGUUUAAUAAAAUCUAUAUGAUUA